AUGAAUGUCCUAAUUAAUCUAGUGACAGAGAAUGAACCUUGGACAAGUUUAUCAACUAUUAUUCUUCAUGGUGAAUUGCAAACAGAAGAGUUGAGAAGAUCCGAAAAUGAGCUGAUAAAGUAUUUACAAAAUCGUGAGUUGAAUAAAGUUAUUGCAAAGUUACAAAAUUCUGAUGUACAAGGGAAAAGUGUGCUUAGAAAUUUGAAAAUUGCACCUUCAAUGCAAAAGUUGAAUCCUGUUUUAAUUGAAGGAAUAUUGAGAGUGGGUGGAAGAUUGCAGAACGCACCCAUAGAAUUUGAUUUGAAACAUCCAAUAAUACUGCCAAGUAACCAUCAUAUCACACAGUUGAUUGUCAGAGAAUACCAUAAAAGUUCACAUCAUUGUGGAGCAAGUCAUACAUGGAAUUUGCUGAGACAGAAGUUCUGGAUUAUCAAUGGAGCUGUUGUUGUAAAGCGAAAUAUUCGUAAUUGCAUUUUUUGCAAAAAGAGAAAUGCUUCGAUGGGUAAGCAAUUUAUGGCUGACCUACCUAAAGAGCGUGUGACACCAGAUCAACCACCAUUCACAUGUGUUGGAGUUGACAACUUCGGACCGUUGUUGGUGAAGCAAGGAAGAAGUUCUGUGAAGAGAUGGGGCUUGAUAAUAACCUGUGCAACAACUAGAGCAGUGCAUUUGGAAAUUGUGCAUAGUAUGGAUGUCAAUUCAUUUAUUAAUGGAUUAAGAAGAUUCAUUGCCAGAAGAGGCAAGAUGUCAACCAUUAUUUGUGAUAAUGGGAGCAAUUUUACAGCUGGAAAUAAAGUGUUGAAGAAAGAAAUUCAAAUUUGGAAUUCCAGUAAAAUGGGAGAAUUUUGCAGACAAAGUGAUAUCAUAUUCAAGUUCAAUCCUCCCACAGCUUCACACUUUGGAGGUUUCUAUGAAAGACUCAUCAGAUCAGCAAGAAAGAUAUGA